GAACAUAUUAGUACUCAGGCAGAUAAUACCAAGUAAUAAAAAUGCCGGCACCUAUAAUGAUUUUCUUUACUAGGUACUUAACCUAAAGGCCUAGGUCAUUAGAGCAAAGAGGAAGCCGAUGAUCUACUGUUAAAACGAAGAUAUGACUGUGUUUAAGUCGAUGAACCCCCUUAAAAAAGCCACCCGAAACGAUCUCGCCAACCUCUGUGAGGCUCUUUGGGGUUGGAAGCCCUGUGCUGAUUGGAUCGAGGAACAGAAGUACCAUAAAUGCCUUCACCAAGAUCCCAGGUGUCAUCAUCAGAGAGCUGAAAGACUUCAACUAUUUUUUGACUUCUACGGCGAGAUCACCGCAUAUUACGUCCCCGAGUUUAGCAGCAGCUUGCCUCCAGCAUUCAAUAGCCAUGGCGACCUCAUUGCUAUUAUUCAGUACAUCAAGAAAAAUGCGGACAAGCCCCGCGUGCAGUUGACACUAGAACACUUCGGCAUCAGCGGGCAGCCUAGAGUGAGCCCUAGUCCCAGCCCUUCGAGCGAUCAAAACAGAGCUUUUGACCUAGCUGCGCGUGUGAUAACGACGUUUGAAUGCACGAUUGAGGGGCAGGCUGAUAGUCAGCUGGAAGCAGGAUUACAUCCUGCUAUAUGGCCUAGUGAUAGAACGUUUAACCAAUUCGUUGAUUCAUGCAUUCCUAAACAGAGUCAACUCCGAGUUGGACCUUACAAUGAUAUAGCCCAGCAGCCGCAGCUUCAUCUCGGCUCCUUGACUGUGAAAAGAUUAAAGAGGAUUGCCAAAUUAACCAUAGUUCGAACCGAUGAUCUCGGCAGCCACCUCCUCUUGGACAGGAAGAAUGGUACGGUUGCUAUAUACCAUCAUACAAGCGUUCUAAAGGAACAUCUCAUGAUGGCCCAGACGCAGCAUCAUACCCCCGGACCAUCCACUAGCCAGCAUUCAAACCUCCCGAAAGAUCUCGUCCAGGAGACCAUGUACACGUUAAAGCACGUCCUUUUCCCCGUCGACCCAGAAUCACGGUCACUUCUCCAAUCCCUCAUCACGAAGGACAAGUUCGACCCGGAUCUCCGUAACGACAUAGAUACGUCAUGGCAGCAACACGAGGCGCCGAUGGUAUACGAGCAUUGGGGGCUCCGUUUAAUGGACUUAUACGACGAGAUACAGACUCCCACUCCGCGGGGGUACCUGGAAAGAUGGAUGGAACGCAAGAGCGGUAGUAGAUACGUCAUGAUGGCGACCUUGGCUGGUGUCCUGAUUGCUAUUAUGCUGGGAGUCCUGAGUCUGGCGGUGAGCAUAUUUCAGGCGUGGGUUGGCUGGCAGCAGUGGCAACAUCCAGUUUCUUCUUAGAUUUCGGGUUUACCAACAGCGAUUUUCAUGGCAAUAGGCAUAUUGUAGGAUAAGUGGGGCAGAAUAGGGGCAACAAGCUCCCUCGUAAGAGGAUAGAAGACUAGGCGUUACUGGUUCAGUCUAAUCUACUGUAUAUACGACCUUGACACUUACUCUGUAUGUGGCAUCCAUCAAAGGGAUCAACCUCUCUACCUACCUACCUAAUAUGAUAAGGAAGGAGGUAGGUGCUUAUCCCCCUCAAGUCCUGCGAGUAACUCCCGACGAAAAUUAUUUCCACCUCCCUACUUCGACGGUUCUAUAUGCCACGACUAUCUCGACCAUCUAAUCGUCGAC